AUGGAACUACCUCAGGGAUUUGAGAGCCAGGGGGAGAACAAAGUAUGUAGACUCACUAAAUCCCUGUAUGGGUUGAAACAAGCUCCUAGACAGUGGAAUGCAAAAUUGUCCGAGGCAUUAUUGAGGUUCCAGUUCAAACAAAGUGAACAUGAUCAUUCUUUGUUCACCAAACAAACAUCUGCAGGGUCUGUAUUUGUUCUUAUAUAUGUGGAUGACAUGCUUAUUACAGGAAGCAGUGGUCAACUCAUUGAAGAAACAAAAAAGAAGUUGAGUCAAACCUUCAAGAUGAAGGACCUAGGACUGGGAAAUUCAAAACCAGCAGUGACUCCUAUUGACAACAACAACAAAUUGACUUCAAAACAAUAUGAUGAUCAGUUCAAUUCAGAAAGUUCAAAAGAAGAUCCUCCAGCUGAUCAAAGUGCUUAUCAGAGAUUGAUAGGAAAGCUUCUUUACCUUACUAUGACAAGGCCUGACAUUUCGUUUGGAGUGCAGACCUUGAGUCAAUUUCUACAACAACCUAAACAGACUCACAUGGAAGCAGCCCUGAGAAUUGUUAGGUAUAUAAAAGGGCAGCCUGGUCAAGGAAUACUUCUAUCUAGUGUACAAGACAACAAUAUCACAGCUUUUUGUGAUGCAGACUGGGCAUCAUGUCCUCUUACAAGGAAGUCUGUAACAGGAUACUUUAUCAAGCUUGGAAAUUCUGUUAUAUCAUGGAAAUCUAAGAAACAGUCUACUGUUUCUAGAAGUUCAGCCGAAGCUGAAUACAGAAGUAUAGCCACAACUAUAACUGAAGUUAUUUGGAUGAUAGGUCUGAUGAAUGAUCUAGGUAUUAAGAUACAGAAACCUAUAGAUGUGUGUACAGACAGUAAAGCAACAAUCUUGCUAGCUGUUAAUCCUGUAUAUCAUGAGAGAACAAAACACAUUGAGGUAGAUUGUCACUUCAUAAGGGAAAAAAUUGUACAAGGGGUUAUUUGUACCAAGUACACUCCAACACAGGAACAACCAGCUGACAUGUUAACCAAAGGACUGACCAAGGUUCAACAUCAAGUUCUCAGUUCCAAGCUUGGAGUUCAAAACAUUUUUUCACUUCCAAGCUUGAGGGGGAGUGUUAAUAGUAGUGACUUAAAAGAUAAGCAAAGAAUAUAA